AUGAGAUGGUGCUGCAAUGCAAGAGGCUACUGGAAGUCUCCGAGCCCCAACACUGCCCAGUGCGUCCAGCCGUCCAUACUGCAACUCAGAAGCAAGAUUGCAGCUGGAAAAGGCGAAAAAUUGGGACCCAACCUACCCAACACCGUGGAACAAAUGAACGAGUUCAUGCGCCAGAGCGAACUCAAAGUGGGCGGGGACCUGCUGGCCAUUGUCGACCUCCUAGACACCGCUACCAAGAGAUUGGAGAGCGGCGACGUCCAAGUGGGAGACAUCAACUUCGAAAAUGCCGAGCGUGUUGGGAAGGAAACUGCCAAGACCGUGGAUAAGCUGCUUAGUCUUGAUAUACCUUGGAACGAAAUACCUGCGCAAACGCGAUACCGUUGUGCCACGACGCUCCUACAGACCUUGGAUGUUGCCGGAAUCAUCCUCAGCGCCAUCGAUCUCAAAGACAGCAGUCUCGCCUUCAAAAAUUUCAAGAUGAACAUCGUGUCCGGUACGACGGCCAACAUUGUGAACCAGACGGUGAUGCUUCCGAGGAGGAGCACCGUGUUUAACCUGACGCAGAGCACGGCGCAAAUCGGACUGGCACCCAACAGUGUCUCCAGCGAUGGGGACAGCACGGCGCUCGUCAUCGUUUUCACGGAGUUCCCGCGGCUGGACAAGCUCCUCUACGACGACGGAGACGAGCAAGACAUAGAACAGCUAAAGAAGGAACUCAACUCCCCCGUGAUCAGCAUUCGGAUAGGAAGUGAAUCCGAAGGACUCCAACUGAGCAGAAAUGUCGAGAUUACGCUGCCGAUGCUGAAGUCAGAGGCUGAAAAUCCAAUCUGCGUGUUCUGGGACACGCUCCUCAAUGAGUGGAGUCCAGAGGGCUGCGAGGUGGGAUCUCGGAAUGGCACGCACGUGAUCUGCCUGUGUCGACAUCUUUCCAACUUCGGAGUUCUCAUGGACUUGAACGGAGUCCUCGACGAAGCGCUGACAGGCACGUCCCUCAAGAUUAUCACCCUGGUCGGCUGCAGCGUGUCGGUCAUCUGCCUGGCCAUCUGCAUUGCGGUCUUCGGAUGCUUCAGGUCGCUGCGAAAUACCCGAACGUCCAUUCAUCUGAACCUGUGCAUCAGCCUCUUCAUAGCCGAAAUCGUCCUGAUGCUCGGUUUGGACCAGACGCAGGACAAGGUAGACAUCACGGAAGUCUGCAAAGACUUCUGUUUUGUAUUGUGCACUUUGCUCGUGCUCUGCGAAUUUGGCGGCGUGACCCUGCCGGGGGCCAAGUUUCUUGGGCGGCGCGCCUUGUCCGAGAAAGAGAAGUGCCAAUAA